AUGAGUCUUGCGCAUGGAACAAAAUAUCAAGUUUAUUUCCUUGUUGCACUCAACACCUAGAUACGUGCUGCUACGGUCUCGGUAAAUUUUGUGGAUUUGUACACAAAACUAAGGAACCAGGCCCCAGGAGACAUCUACAGGAAUCAGACUCAACAUGCUCCAGACGGCUUUUAUCGCCUUGGUCCAUACGGCGCUGUGGAUCAUAUGUUCGGCAAUCACACUCCCACCAGAGUUACAGGGCGCGGCACCAAACCGGAAAGUAUUACACGAUAUGAGAAGGCAUUUUUGUUCGAACGUCGAGCUUCAUAAUGCGAGUGCAUCAUGUACCAGUGGCCCGCACGGCAGCCGUAGCCUUUGCGGUACAAUUUGUAAAGCCUCAACUGACUCGUUUAUUUGCUACAAUGCGAUUGCAGGCCCUGAAUUGUGUAGAGGAUCGUGUGACAGUCCGUAUUGCCGUUAUGAAGAUGCCAUCGUGUGUCAGUAUGCUGGGAGGCAGUGUUCGUGUAUAUACCCCGUCCAAGAAGAAAAGGAAUACGCUCCGUUUUGCAAAUGUAGAAACGAUGCUUCAUUGCCAACUUUCGUUUAUCAAAAUGGGUCUCCAAUUACAAGCAGCUGCUCAAAUGGAAUUUCAGAGCCAGUUUCUGCAACAUCUACACCACCUAGUCCUCAAUUUACACGCCCUAGUCCUCAGCCAAACGUCAUUGCCAUAGUCGUAGGGGCAGUCUUAUCUCUUGUCUUCCUGGUGAUUAUUGUGGUGGUCAUUCUGUGGCGAUGCAGGAUCCUGUCUACUCUGAUGAAGAAACCAUCAGCGCAAGAAGACGAGUCAAAAUGUGCUGAGUUGGGAAGAACAGCUUCCAGCAGAGCACAGUUACCCGAAUCACCGGUCCUCGGUGAUGCUGAGUACUCCUAUGAGAAUGACCACUGGCCACAGGAACCAACUGCGCUUGUGACCGAGGAUUCUAACCCGACAAUGAGGGCAGGUGAGCAUGGUGACCCAGAAGGGAACGAACGCUACGUAUUUAAUGGGCCAGGGUGUGCAGGGCCAAGACGUUUUCCAACUACGGAGGCCGCGGACGCACACCCAUAUUUUUCUCUGGAGGGACCAACUGAUAAUGAAGUGAACUCUGAACAUGUCGAAUGGGACGGAGUUGCUAAUGGUGAAGUGACAGCCUCUUUGUCAGAUUCUUCCUCUCAGGAAGGAAUGGAUCAUGCCUAUUUUGAAGUGCAUCCGACAGAGGAGUUCUGCGAGCACCAGAGCCAAACCUCCGCGUACGAGGAAGUGAGUAUGGCAGGCCCUGCACAGAACAACGGCACCUCUAACUCCUACCAACAACUCAAUAGAGAUACACUCGAAGGGUCGAUCACGCACUACCAGCCACUGACGAGAAAAGCUUAUGGCGAUCUCCAGACACGAAACGAGAGCUAUGGGGACGAGACAGAAAGAGUGACCGGCGCAACUACGGAAAACAGCGUCACGAGCCCAUACCAACACCUCAGCAGAACUACAAUUAAGCGACAGAACGAAACUGAAGACGCUCGCAGUAAUUAUGAGCAUCUGAAGGGCAAAGCUGAAUAUGAUCUCCUUCAGUUGGAAGGGGCUAAAAAGACCGAUCAGGAUAACACAGAGAAUACUUAAAUGAUCCAGAAAUCAUCCAUCAAAUUAUAUAACCACCAAACAACACCCCAACAAAAGAAAUCUUAUUAUUUUGUUGUACUUUAAUUAUACAAAGUCACAUGGCCCGAUGAAAGUCAUGCGAAAUAAACAAGACGCGUGCCGUGGCUUUGGUGUGGAAACUCCCACUACGUGAAACAGAAAUAUCAAAAUGCCUGUCCUGAUAAGACUAGACCGUGACUAACUUGCACUUACACAUUCAAAUUGUAAGAAGUUUUGUGACUGAAUGCGUAAAUGUGGGACGAACCCUAGUCCAGAUGACAGACACAAUUGAGUGUCGAUGAGCUUGUCUCCCACAAGGUGACCCCUUUUGAAAAGCAAUAUAACGGUUCUCCCUUAUAGGUUCGGUUCUAGAAAUGUCGGAUCAUUGACAGCUUCACAUGUUCAUGUAUUCAAUUCAGUGUUAGCAUAGUCAUAUUUAAACAGAACCAUCCCACAUUUUUGUACACAGAUAUUUUCUUUUAUCGCUUUAAACACCCCACAUAUGUCGGUACUUACUCUGUAUAAAUACUCAGUUAAAAGGAGUACUGUAAAGGAAAUGUGUUUUAACGGAAAUUUCUACGUGUAAUUUGCAUUUUGCAAUAGAUUUUAAGAAUCGAUUACUUUUAAUUCACAGAAGGAAGUGUAAUGCCAAAAAAAAUAUUGCAAUCGUGGGAAAACCUGCAACCUAAAUGGACGCAGCAGACCAUGCCAAUGUGUUUAUCGUGCGGGAUGGCUGUUCCUGAAUGCUUGGACAAUUAAAAAAAAUCGUGUGUGAAUAGACCUCUGUUAUGGCACAAAAAACGUUGUUUGCCAAAGGCUCCCGCGUUGUGGUGAUCAGCGGCGCAGCAGAAAAAUUCUAACUUGUCGAGUCUAUUAAGUGGCACGGUGUGCUUACAUUAUGCUUAAGCAGGAAAAAGCAUAUUACAUUAAAAUCUGCUUUUAAGUGUUUUUCUGGAAAAAGCAGGGAGUACCGAAAGGAUUAUUGUAAAAGGACAGAAGCCCCGAUGUUUUGUUGUAUGCAGAAUUUUUCUCCUGUGCCUGGGCAAAAUUAAAUUUUUAUAGUUCAAUUAGCACUAGAUGGAAAAGCAACGAACACAUUUUAACAUAAAUAGACGUGACAAGCCGACUCAACCGAAGUGCAGAACACGGUGUGCACUACCAUGGGACAGGUGCUACAUCUGUUCAUAGAGUAAUAUGGGUGAAUUGGAACACAUUUAGCUUGAAAUAGUUCUGCGUGGGUGUUGUGGGGUCGAAGCAAGGGUGAAAACUUGCUCCACCCUAGAAUAAAUAUGAAAAAUAUCACAUGCCAUAAAAGGAAAGACAAGUAAACCAAACGAUCUGUGUGAAUAGACCCGUGCCGAUUUUCUGUCCGGAUCUUUGACACAAAACACAAAUGUCUGUGGGGACAUUUCAAGUUUCAAUAAAAUCUUUGAAAGCGA